CCUGCGGAGUGAGGCUGACAUGUCUCAGAUAAAGGCUUUGUGUCUCAGAGCUCCAGCAGCAAGCCAGGCCCAGAAAGAGAACAGCCCUGCCCCGGGUGCCCAGCUCUGCAGGGCAGGUGGCUGGAGCCCUGCGCUCUGACUGGCACUGAAUGCUCACUGUGCAGAAUGGGGGCCCAGCUGUGUCAAGAACAGCCCCUUUUCUUGGUAGCUGGACUCCUGCUCAGCCUCCUCACUCCUGCUUUGAGCCCUGCUCCGGUGACAUCUGAAGAUGUGGCUCUCCUGGGAGAGGUUUCUGAGACCAUUCGCUGCUUCUCCCGAUCUUUUGAAGACCUCACCUGUUUCUGGGAUGAGGAGGAGGCACAGCAUGGGAACCACACGUACCGCUUCUACUACACCUACAAUGGGGAGAAGGCCAAGCAGUGCGUGCUGGCUGUGCAGAGACGGAGCGGCAGCGGCAGACGUUACGUCUGCGUCUUCCCCAGCAGCCAUGAGGUGCGACUCUUCACACAGCUCUGCAUCCACGUGCUAGACACACCCGGCAACCAGACCAAGUACUCCCGGGAAGUCGCCGUGGAGACGGUUGGGCUCAUUGCUCCCCCUGUGAAUAUAACAGUCAUCUGGACUGGGGCAGCUGGGGAGCUGCAGGUGAGCUGGGAACCCCCAGCUACUGAAUACACCGAGCUCUUCAUCUAUGAGAUCCUCUAUUGCAUUGUGGGCUCCAUGGAAUCACCCUGCCGGAAGCAAGUGCAUAGCACCAGGGCUUGUGUCCUCCACCCCCUGCAGCCGGGAGCCAAGUACCACAUCCGGAUCCGCACCAAGCCAGAUGGCUUGUCCCUGGAUGGAUUCUGGGGCCCCUGGUCUCAGGCAGUGGCUGCUGAAACACCCCGCUCCUCAGGAGAGAUCGGGCUGCGCUGUUUCACCUCUGACCUGCGGUGGGUGCAGUGUGAGUGGACCUGGGAUUCUGCAGAUUCCAACAGCUCCCACAGCCUCUUCUAUCGGUCCCAAGGGAGCAGUGAUGCCUCCAGAGGCCAGGCUUGGCAGCGCUGUCAAGAGCACAGUGCAAGGCCCCAGAACACCCAUGCCUGCAUGUUCCAGCCCAGGAAUGACAGUGACAUCUUCAUCUUGGUGAAUAUCUCUCGGAGGCACCCUGAACCAGUCCUCAGCUACUUUGGGGAGCCGUUCCGGAUGCACCAGGCCGUGCUCACCAGCCCCCCAAGGAUCUUGCAGGCCAACAUCAGUGGUGGGCAGCUGAGGCUGCAGUGGGCCCCACCAGAGGAGGAAUUGGCAGAGUACAUGGUGUAUCAGAUCCGCUACUCGGUGGAGAACAGCCUGGACUGGAAGGUCCUGCAGAUCCAGCAUGCGGCCAACAGUGAGACCCUGGACCUGCGUGCUGGCCCCCGCUACCUCCUCCAGGUGCGAGCCAAGCCCAAUGGGCAGCAGCUCCAGGGGUUCUGGAGUGCCUGGUCAGAGACCAUCGUGGUGGAGUCCCCAUCUGGAGCAGGCAGCAAGGACACUGGGGAGCCUGAUGCAUUCACUGCUUCCUUCUCUGUCCCUGGCUGGAUAAUACUGAGCCUUACCAUCACACUGCUCUUCUUUGUGGGACUCCUGGGGCUGAGGUGCUCUUUUCCCUCUGCGUACAGCAGCGUGAAGCGAAAGCUCUGGCCUCCUGCCCCAGAUCUGCAUCGCGUCCUGGGCACUUUCCUCACUGACGACAGCAAGCAGCAGCAGGCAAACACUUCAUUCUACAACAAGCCCUUGGAAGAUGUGAUCCUACCCUGCCUCCUGGAAGUCCUUUCUGAGAGGAAGGGGGCUGAGACUCCCCCAGAGCCCACCCUGCUGAAGACAGCAUGCCCAGGGUCUGGCAUCCCAGAGGGCCCCGAGGAUGAAGAGACUAGCAAUCUCUCCUCUCCUCAUCAGGACUACAUGGUGCUGCAUCCCAGCAGCCCCACAGGCAGCCGCUACGAGAACGAGUACCUGGACAACAGAGGGGAGGGGGAUGACAUCUACCUUAGGGGUCUCGCUGUGCUCCUGCUCCAUGUCCCAGAUGCUCACUCAGAGCUCCGGCAGGACCGGGCUGAGAUCCAGUACAACGCACAGGUGCCUAUCAGCCUUCAGGCUGAACACGUGCCUUUAGGGGGGCCUGUAGACUCUGAGGAGGAGGACUGGGAGUGCCCAUGCUCCGGGAAGCAGUCCAUGUCCACUACAGACAUUUCUAACCAGUCCUACCUGCUGAUGAGCAGCUGGGAGCAGCAGCCCUUCCUCUGAAUCCAGGAUCUGCUACAUGCCCUAGGCUGCCCAGCGAGGAUGGGAGUGAGGCAGAGGGCUUGGCAUGUCAUUAGAACCUCACUGCUGGGAUGUCUAUGCCUGCCUGGAUUCUCAGCUGGGCUGGAGGAACCCCCAUGGGCUAAUACUGUAGAGCAGGGGUCGGCAACCUCUCAGAAGUGGUGUGCCGAGUCUUCAUUUGUUCACUUUAAUUUAAGGUUUCGCGUGCCGGUAAUACAUUGUAAUGUUUUUAGAAGGUCUCUCCC